AUGGUCUGCAGCAGUUUGUGGAGAUUAAGCAUCAAGUCAAAUUGAGCACAAUUUCAGCAGUGACAAACUACGUUUCUAACAUCUCCUUUUUUCAAAAGUACCAUGGCAAAAUAUAUGGGACCACACAGGAACACUCGGUACUCAAAAGGACAUUCUGUUUUUGCAGGAUUUAUAUCCAAGUCUGUCUGCAUGCAGAAUGCCAACAUUCAACAGGAAGAAACUAUAUGAGGUCAAAGGAACUCUGAAAAAAACUUCUAAAGAGUGGAAAUCAGAAAUAAAACAAGUUGUCAUGUCUCAGAUUUCCUCAAAUUCAUACAGAGAGGGAAGAGCCGCCCUGGUGAUCUGUGAAACUAUCAACACAGCCAAAGAAAUCUAUGAAGAACUGAAAAGCAGCAUUAAAGGUGAAAUCAUCCUCUACAGUCGAAGUGACAAAGAAAGUUUGAGCAAAAUCGACAAGGAGCUGGAGCCUGGGGAUGUUAUUGUUGCCACAAACCUUGCUGGUCGUGGCACUGACAUUAAAGUGUCCAAAAAGGUGAACAAUAAUGGAGGAUUAUUUGUCAUCCUCUCCUUCCUCUCUGAAAACACUAGAGUAGAACUCCAGGCUUUUGGUCGAACAGCACGCAAAGGGAAACCUGGCUCUGCUCAGAUCAUUGCAUGCACUGAACACCUGCAGCACGACUUCAGGUCAGCUACGUCUCUGGAGGAAGCCAAGAUCACGAGGGACAGACUUGCAGCAGAAAAGAUAAGUUCCAUGAUGGAUGACGUUUCUGAGAUGAAUUUGCGUGAGGACCUGUUUUCUGAGUACUGUGAGACUCUUCAUGAUAUUUACAAGAAAACAGAUGGAGAUGAUAGAAAAGUUAUUGUUGCCAUCAUGAAUGAGUUCUGGGAAUCUGGCUGCAAAUUAAAUCAGAAGACAUUGAGCAGCGGAAGAAGAGUGAACUUCAGCAAAGUCUAAAGAAGGAUUUAUCUGUGGCAAGGCAAGAGUCUUCAUCUCAAACUUCCCCAUGUUCAAGCAUUUAUCACUACAUCAAUUUUGGAAACAUUGCUUUGCAUGAUGGUAAAUGGGACCUUGGUGCCAAACUGUUUGAAAAAGCCAUGACAAAAGAUGAAUGUUGGGCAGCCAUUGCUUUUUACAAUCAUGCAUACUGUACCAUAAAGGAGAGGAAACCGAUUACCUGGACAAGGCUAUAGAAGAUCUAAGAAAGGCACAGGAGUCAUUAAAGUAUCUCAAUGAGGAAUGCAUGAUCUGUUUGCAAUUUGUAAAAAUGUCUUCUAUAGACACAGCAAACUCUGACCCGACCCCUCUUGAUAAACAGUUAACUACCAAGUGUAACAUGUAUGACCUUUUUGGUAAAAACAUCGAUGAAGCCAUCGAAAAACUUGAUGAAAUCCAAAAAAAGGGUAGAGAUGCCUUAGCCAAAAAAUCUUCAGUUUUUUCUUUCAUUUCACUCGCUGAUGAAGCUCUCCAAGAAGAAGCCUACAUCCUCUACAAUCGAGGUCUGAAAUAUGUGUUUGCUGUUGAGGAGAAGCCCCGUUUCUGCUGGGAGGGUCUGCUGGUUUUCUGUUUAGGAAUUUUGCAGAUUAUUGGAGGAACUUUACUCACUGCAUUUACAGUUGGUACCUUGGCUCAAAUUGGAAUUGGUCUCAUUUCAGAAGGACUAUCUGACUGCACUGAAGGUAUUACAGCCAUGAUAAAAGGAGAGUUCAGCUGGAAAGAAUGGGGUAUUGGAAAAGCCAUUUCCAUCGGUGUUUCCAUCUUAUCAUUUGGAGUUGGAAAAAUAAUUUCAAAGGGAUUCAAGGCUGCCAAGGCAGCAAUCAAAGCCAUAGGUAAAAAACUGAAGCCAUUGCCAAAGUUUCUCUCCAAUCAGGCUAAAAAUGGUUUAAGCACUGUCACAAAGACAAACAUGAAAAAUGCUCUAAAACUUACAGCAAAGAAAAUUGUGGAGAAAGCAGCAUCCUAUGGACUUGGAAAAGCAGAGGAGAAAUUACUUGAACAAAUACUAAAAGGAAUUAAAAAUGAAGUGACGAAGGGAAUUACUGAAAAAGUAAAAUCCAAAUUGGAAGAAGAGCCAUUAGUGAACUCCAUUAUUCUUUCACAUGUUGAGGACAGAGAACAACUUUGUGAUCUACUUAACAAUGAAGAGAAAAGGAAGAAACUGCAGGACAUUUUUGUUAAGUAUAGCAAUACUUCCAUAGAACCAUUGAGACCAGACCUGAGGUGGGAGGACAAGUUUAAUUCAUCUCUUACAGAAAUAUUGGACUCAGCUGUAGAUGAGGCUAAGAAAGCUAUAAAGGUAGCUAAACUUAACAAUGAUUCAGCUAGAAAAUGUUCUCUGAAGAAAACAAACCUAGUUCUCAAAGCAAUUCAAGUAACCCACUAUGCUGCACUUGCAGCAGAUGCCAUCCACACAGUGUCUACCAUGUUAGGAAAGUUCUUUUCAAAUUUUGAAAAAGAAUUGGAUAUAUAUAAAAAGGAAGUUUUGUUUUCAGAGAAACAAAACUCCCUUCAAUCAAGAAUAUUUAACUUUUUCAAUAAAAAGAUUACAUUAACUGAUCUUACUUCAUCAGACACUGAGCUGCUGAGCGCUUUCAAACAGGACUUGGCUGAAACCAUCAGUGGUCUUUUGGCUGAUGCUUUGGUGGAAGUGUUUCACCAGAAGUUUUCCAGUCAUAUGGUUUCUAUUGCUCACAAGAAAGUAAACCAAUUUAUCAGCUCAACUUUAAACACUGACAGAACAAACGCAAAACUUACCGCUGGGCAGAACAACAGUUACAUUGCUCAUAUGCCAUUGGAUCCAGGUUCCACACGUUCAGCAAAUCCUUGUAAUCACUCAAAUUUGCACGCUGUCAAAAUCAAGAACCCAGAGACACCAGGUACAAUUUUUGAUGUCAGAGUCCUAUCAGAGGCCACUGCCACAAAAGUUAUUAUUCAUGUAGAGAACAAACAUGGACAACUCACCAAAUUACAGGAGAUAAUUCCAGGUAGCAAAGCUACCAUUGACACUGUGGCACUGAUCUACAGACCAAGGAGUACAAACCACCCAAAUGGCCACUACGAUGUUCUUAUCAACAACAAGAUAAUAACCAUAGACAGCAAAGACAAAAGUUCCCUGUUUCAUGCUUUUGCCCGAGGCAACAAACCAGAUGCCAAUGAAACAACAAUUUCUUCAGAGGCAGUCCGCCUCAGAUCUGUGGAGGCCGACACACUCCUCAAAAACCCAAGCCAAUGGGAGCCUUUUGCCAAGCGGAAAAAGUGGAUGGAAAAGAUCAGAGGAGGAGAUUGGUACAUGGCAGAGGCAGAUGGGCCAGAAAGAAAGAUAGAAGAAAAUAGAUCACUUCUAAGGAAAGCGGUUGAUAGGUUAACAAAAAAGAAAUCACCUUCACAAGAAUCUUCCACUGAUGUAGAUGAACCAACAGAUCUACAAGAUCUGGAAGAUUUGCUACAUUUUGAAGAUCAUCUAUAUUUCGAAGAUCUAGUAGAAUAUCUAUUCUAGUAGAUCCAAAGCCACAGAUCUUUAGCGUACUGUGAGAACACAAGCAUGCUGGUUCAAAAGAUGAACAAAAAUUUUGGCAUUCUUCAGCUGAUCAUCAUUCAUGCAAUGCAUAUAUAAAUUCCUUUUUGUCUUUAGUUUGAUUAUUUUUUUAUUAAGGAAAGUCUAAAACAUUGUGUUUUUUGCUUCAUGCAUAUGUAGUUUUUUUAAUCCGUCUUUGUAACAUGCUUUUAACAUAUUUCACAUUUUGUGGAUUUUAGUAACACGAGUUUCAAAUGUGUCUAAAAUAUAUGUAAAAUAUUUAUUUUAUUUCUGUCAAUUUAGUGAAGGGUUUCCUUAUUUCUAUUAUUUUCAAUCUAUAACAAAAUAUUACUAAAGAAAUAUUCUUACCUUUUUCUCUUUUGAAAAAAAGAAAAAUGUCAAAUGUAAAAUUUAUAUCAAGAUUUCACUUAAUUUUACAAAAUAUGUUACGCAUGUAUGUAUGUUUAACUUAUAUUGCAAUAAUGGGCAUUUUCAUAUUCUAUGUUUUCAGUAUAAUCUAAAUGAAAUAAUCAAAUAUAAAUUAGUCCUUACAGCAGGGAGGCAUGUCUUGUUCUCCAGGAGACAAAAUAAAAAAAAAUUAUUAAUUUUUUUCCUUGAAAGUGUAGAAGUCAAAACUGGAUCCUUUGUUUUAAUGAUUCAGAUUAUCUUUCUCCUUUCUUGAAUUUGUAAUGGGUAUCCAGCAUGUGGAAACUGUAUUUUUAUUUUUUAUUUUACUAAUGAAAGUAACUUUGCAAGAACAAGGGAACAUCUCAGUCCAGGUCCACUGUAGGGACUGGCUUUGCACGUGCCUUGGAACAGUUUCUUUUACUGUUCAUGUCGAUUCCUAUACUUUUUUUCCUUUUUUUUAAUUUAAAAUAGAUUUUGUUGUUUUAAAUUACACAAAGAAGGAAGUUGUGUUUUUUGCUUAGAAAACAUACACCGCAACUGUGAGAAUGCAACUUGUGAAACUUAUUUAAUAAGUUGAGAACAUGGAAAGAUAUCAAUCCAAUCAUAAAAAAAGUGACACAGAUUUGUUGUUUGUCUUCAUUUUGCUAAAUAUGCUAAAGUCUCAGUACUCUUUGUAAUCCAUUUUGUUUCUUUUUUGUCUAAACAUCUCCAUCAAAUGUUCAGAUUUAUUUUUUUGACCAGUUUACAGAAUGUUUUGAGUGUUUUGUUUUUUUAUGCUAAGGUAAUAACAUUAAAUCACUUAUAUUUCAGUUCGGGUACUAUAAUGGAAAUAUAUUUUCAUUUUGAUUGUCAUUGUUUCAUUGUGAAAUUUCAAAGCUUGUUUUACUGAAUUUAAGAAAACAUUUAAUACCUUUAGGAUAAAACUAAAUAAUACUUAUGGAUAUUAUUCUUUGGAGACCAUAAUUUACACAUUUAAUAAAUAAUAAAAAUUGAUGAAAGGAUUAAAAAAUCUCUACGAAAGAAGCAGAGUUUUAUAUCUUACCUAGAAUGAUAAAGUCACAUUUAAACUCACAUAUAUUGCUUAUGAAGCCAAAAUUUAAAAAUUGCAUGAUGGGGGUUUUACAUAUUUUAUUAAAAACCUUUUUCUUUGUGCAUCUUUUUUAUGUUUGUUGGAUAAAUUGUGAGGUUAUUGAUCAAAUAUUUGUUAUUCUCAUGUAUCUUUAUAAUGUAUAUUAUAAAGAUACAUGCUUAUAUGCUUUUAUUGUUUAAUUUCAUCUUAGAGUUAAGGAUGUUUCUGUAUUGUUGAAUUACUCUGAUUCCUUUCUCAGAAGGCCUCACUGAAGAAAAGCAGUGACAACAGAUUUCUGCAGGGUUAUCUCUCGGCGGGAAGCAAAACCUCUUUGACCGGCUCGAUUGCUAUAAAACUAUGACAAUUUGUAUUCAGGUCACAUAGUGAAGAUGUACAACUUGCUGUUUAACCCUGUAUCUUUAACGAGACUAUCAAGUGCAAGAUACCUUGUGUUUUAGUUAGUGAUUGUCAUUGGCGCUGUAGCUUUGUGAUGAAGUGUUUUCCCCUCCCUUUAGAGUUACAGCGUUCUUUGUGAUUAGGGAUCCUAAAAACAAUAAAAAGAAAGGAGCAGGCAAAUGUGGUUUCAGAGUGGGAGGCGAUUGUAACUAAAAGCACAUCACUGUCUG